GCCCACUUUCACGUAUGCGUAAGAUUUGGGCAAACCUUUGGCCGAGAGACGAAGAAGAAGAAGCUUCAUUUAGAGGAAAAGAGGGAAAAAAGGGAGAGAAAAAGAGACGGAUGACGAAGGAAAACUGACGAGAACACCAGAGAAAAGGGAGUAAACCACGGGCGGAGCGGAGAGCCUCGCAUACUACCAGUGCGUUUAUAUCGAGCGGCUUGAGGAAAGCUGUGAAUUUCCUCGACAGACUGUCGACCAAAGCUUUUAUCAGUAGUCGUCAACCGGACAAACCGAGACGGUUUUUGUACUAUUUUGUUUAGUUUUAGCAGAGGCGGGUUUCGACGCCCCCCCCAACCAGGAUUGAAUUAGAAAGUAUCGUUAUUACAUUGUAAUAGUGCACCGAGCGCCCCCCUCCUCCUCAUCACUUCCGCUGAAGAUCUAAAUAUAAAUGGAACUGAUACAAACCGAAGAUAUAGAAGCGUAACGUCCGAGCGCUCAGCGAGACGUAACAUGGACUAAUCGUCGCAAAACCAGUUGCAAAUGCAUCAGACGACGUGCAUUUAACUUUGUUUUGAUAUUUGUCCCGAAAAAACCCCCAAAACGUCUCCAUGUGUAACCAGAUUGGGAAUACUUUGCUUUGCGAUAUUUUAAACAACUGUGUGUGUGUGUGAAGAGGCGGCCUGGUGACUUCUGACUUGUUCUGCGUUUUGUUCCGCUCCUUUUCAUUCGAGUCCGGUUGAGCACACCAACACCACCACCAACACCACCAACUUUUGUUUUAACCAAGAAACAGAAGAUACCAAAGUCGCGAUGUCAGGCGACGAGGAGAGAUUCAAACUAGUUGUCGUGGGUGGAGGCGGUGUGGGCAAAAGCGCUUUGACCAUACAGUUUAUUCAGUCCUACUUUGUGUCCGACUACGACCCCACCAUCGAGGACUCUUACACCAAAAUAUGCACCGUGGAUGGGAAGGAGACACGGUUAGACAUCCUGGACACAGCAGGUCAAGAAGAGUUUGGUGCAAUGAGGGAACAGUACAUGCGCUCUGGAGAAGGCUUUCUACUGGUGUUCGCCUUGAAUGAUGUUGGCAGUUACAACGAGAUCCAGAAGUUUCAUACCCAGAUCUUGCGAGUGAAGGACCGGGACGACUUUCCCAUGGUGCUGGUGGGAAACAAGGCCGACCUGGAGCAGCAAAGAGUGAUCUCUAGGGAGGAGGCCCAGUCAUUUGCCAGAGAGAACAGGAUCCACUACAUGGAGGCCUCAGCUAAGAGCCGUUACAAUGUGGACGAAGCUUUCUUGGAGGUGGUGCGAGCCAUAAGAAAAUAUCAGGAGACGGAGAGCCCUCCCAUCCCUGCCAACCAUACAGGGAAACAGAAGAGUGGCGGCUGUCCCUGCACCCUUCUCUAACUGGCCCUGCACCUCCAUCUCUUCACGGUUACUAUGGAGACCGAAGCACCUCCCCUCAUUGGCUUGUCUGUUGCAGAGGUAGAGAGCAGGGGAGUGGGGUGUGCAGAAGGAAGCAGCCCAGUGGACUGUUGUGUGCGUAUUUAAGUUUGCCUGUGUAUUUCUGUACACGUGGCCAUGUGCGGGUUGCUAACGGAAGUGGGUCAGUGGGUCGCAAAGAGAUGGAGCGCAACAGUUUUUGUUUCUUUUUUGUUUUUCCUCCCAUAUGGUUGGCACUUUUUGCUAAAAGCAUGUUUGUGUAUCGUUUUUAUCUUUUAUACCUUUGUUUCUGUCGUUUUGGUGAAAAGGAUUGUAGAAGGAAGAGGUCCCAGUCUUGGUGCAGGGAAAGUCGGGGCUGAAAGGGAGUAUUCUCGUGUUUCUGUUUUGUUUGUGUGUUGUGUCCGGAUAAGGUUGUUUUCUGAAUCCAGGGCCACCUGCCCGUAAAAUCACUUGUAACUAGAAAGGCUUUACUGGCAAAUUUCACAAUAGCAGUCAUCCAAGCAGCCUUUCCCGGCCUAUUCCUGUGCUUUCAGAUCACUUCAUGUGCACGGUCAAGGUUGAGUGUGAGGGAAAAGAAAAGGGAACAGCUGAGUGAGCAAUAUCAAAACUGUUAAAGUGCCUUAAAUCCAAACUAGUCAAUCAAAUGGAAGUCCUGGUGUGUGCAAACAAUAAGCCAUGGACAUUUGAAACUUCACAAACUGGUGAUGUUAGUUAAAUUGAAAAUGGGGUUUUGUUAUGAUUGGUUAGAUAAAGAUGAGUGGAAGAUGGGACUGAUUUGAGUGUUUUUACACUCCUGGUACUUUUUAGAGAGCAAUACAGUAUUUUCUGACUGCGAAAUUCUGUAUAUAUUCUGUAACCAUAGACUGAUGAAGAACAUCAGACUUACACUAAAAUGUUUUUGUUUUGUUAUUUUCAACGAAUUUUGGGAUGUUGGGUGGAUGAACAUGAAGCUGUGUCUAGGUACUUUUGUCGUUGUGGGUAUUGGACUGCUUUUUAAAUUGCAUCUAAUUUUGAUGCUGUGCACAUCAUUUUAGUCACACAGUGCUACCAGACAUCAGUAAUACGGACUAGAAGCCAUAGGCACUGCCUGCUUUAUGAUGCUAUUCACAGUAUUAAAAAAAAAAACCAUUUCAACAUAUAUUUAAAUGUAAGACAAAAACGAGCUAUUUCAACCAUUAUAGAGUUUGUAUAGUCAGUAAAAUAAUUGUAAUUGUGCAGCACUGGUUUUAUAAUCAUUUAUAUUCUUUGUCCCAUAUGAUUUCUGGGAUCUCGUUAUUGUCUCCAUUGACAGCAUUGACACGGCUCAUGAUGGCAUAUCUUUAUUUGUUUCCACUGACAGAAAUGUUGCAGGAUGUUAAACAUGGCAGCCUCUUGGCUGUCUCCUAUUUUUACAUUGUUGUUCUGCUGUGUAGCCUCUCCAACCCUCCACUGUGGCCUUUUGGAGUAGAGAAGAAGAGAAGAGAGCAGGGGCUGUGUAUCUUUGAAUGGGCUUGGACAACUGAAUAACAUCAGUCCUAUGGGCUUGAUAUCUUUGUGCACUAGGUCCUCAAGUGUCACCAAUCCCAAUUUGGCAACCACAAUUUGUCAUGCAAUACAAACCCUGCAACACAACCAUCAGUCUAUUUAAGUGAGUACAUGUGCGUAGUACGGAUUUUUCUUAACUUCUGAAAUUCAGCUUUGAAUGCCCAGUGCUUUUUUUAUGAUGUUACUCAUAUGAAAUCAAUUUUCACCCAAAGCAGAUCAAGCCUGAUUCCAUAUCUGCCUCAUUCCAAUGCUUUGGCCAAUUUGGGUUUGAUUUUUGAUAAGAAUUUCCAUUUAUAUCUAAUUUACAGCCUUUUAAUUCAAACAAAAUGUGUUUUAUAUUGUAAAAGAGAAAAACAAGGAAAUUUUGUACACAAUUAAAACAUUUACUUCAAAAUUUCUCAAAAUGGUGCUUUGUAUGACACUUGAUUGCAUUCUUUUUAAUAGAGGUGUUGACAAAACUGUUGAUUCCACCAACCUCACUCUGAGACUUUUUAUUUUCCAUAUCCACCCACUACAUUUUCUGGACCUAUGUAGCCUAUGUAUAAGCAUCGUUAAAUGGUCGUUUCCACAAAGUAAUCCUGU